CACAUGAAUAGAAGCUCACUUUAUUUUCUUUAUAAUCUUCGUUCAACUUAUCCUAGCGCCAAAGUUUCGGGAGCAUUGGAAAGCACUAGAAAGAGCGAGAGGAAGAGCAUGGAGCUCGCCGGCGGCGGCAAGGAGGAGACGCAGCAGCAGCGAUUCGACGUGGUCGUGGUGGGGGCGGGGAUUAUGGGCAGCUGCGCGGCGUACGCGGCGGCGAAGCGCGGCCGCCGCGUGCUCCUCCUCGAGCAAUUCGACCUCCUCCACCACCUCGGCUCGUCGCACGGCGAGUCGCGGACGUUCCGGGCCACCUACCCGGAGCCCUACUACCCUCCCCUCGUCGUCGAGUCCCUCCGGCUGUGGCGCGAGGCCGAGUCCGAGGCCGGCUACUCCGUCCUGACCGCCACCCCGCACUUCGACGUCGGCCCGGCCGGCGACUCCAGCCUGCAGGCCGCCGUCGCCAGCUGCCGCCUGCACGGCAUCGACGCCCGCGUCGUCGGCCCCGACGCCGCCGCCGAGCUGUUCUCCGGCGCGUUCACGCUCCCCCCGGGCUGGAUAGGCGUCGUCACCGAUGUCGGCGGCGUGAUCAAGCCCACGAAGGCGCUCGCCAUGUUCCAGUCCCUCGCCGCCCGGCACGGCGCCGUGCUCAGGGACCGCGCAGAGGUCACGCAAAUCGAGAGAGCCGGGGACGGAGGCGUCGCCGUCGCGACGGCCGACGGUCGAAUAGUUUUCGGAAGAAAAUGCAUAAUCACCGCCGGCGCGUGGGUCAAAAAGCUCGCCGACAAGAUCGGCGCAGCAUCGUUGCCGAUACAGCCGCUGCACACUACUAUCCUUUAUUGGAAAAUUAGAGAAAAUUAUUUAAAAAGUUUAUCAGCCGCGGCCGGGUUCCCGACGUUCGCGAGCUACGGCGAGCCGUACAUCUACGGGACGCCGUCGCUCGAAUUCCCGGGGCUGAUCAAGAUCGCGAUGCACGGGGGGUCGCCGUGCGAUCCGGACCGCAGGAGCUGGGCGGCGGGGACGGGGCCGGGGGGUGCGGCGGUGGAGGCGGUGCGGGCGUGGAUCGGGCGCGUGAUGGGCGGCCACGUGGAGAGCGCCGAUGGCCCGGCGAUGUCACAGGCGUGCAUGUAUGCGAUGAGCCCCGACGAGGACUUCGUCGUCGACUUCCUCGGCGGGGAGUUCGGGGACGACGUCGUGGUCGGCGCCGGGUUCUCGGGGCACGGAUUCAAGAUGGGGCCGGUGAUCGGGAAAAUUCUGGCGGAGAUGGCGGUCGACGGCGCUGCCGCGACGGCCGCAGAAUUGGCGCAGUUUCAGAUUGUCAGGUUCCAGAAAGACCCCAAGGGGAACAGAAAGGAGUUUGCAGAGCAGGAUUUGAUUUGAAAACUGCAGAAUGCAAGGUAGGGAGAGAGAAUGGCAUCCUCAGAGCUGUGUUUGCUGUUUCCAGAAUAGAUAUUUGUGAGGGGGAAUGUAUUUGAAUGUAUUUCCGCAUCUGAAUAGUAAAAUUGGUUCCGUCAAUAAAGCAUAUGCUAAAUGUUUGAAAUA